AUGAAUGGUAGUGAUGAUAGAGACGCUUAUAGUAGAUUGGGUAAUUACUUAAGUCAGAAACAUUCUGACCAAUUAUCAACACAAUUAGCAGUCUUUCAAUCAGCUUUGAUCAAUUUUGCUGAGGAACACGGAGAUCAAAUCAAAUCCAAUAAUGAGUUUAGGAUGAAGUUCACGGAGAUGUGUCAACUGGUGGGUUUAGAUCCUUUAGAAUUGAUGAUAUAUACCUCUUCCAAGAACCCAAAACGAACAGAGAAUUUCUAUAUCACAUUAUCAGUGAAAAUAGUGGAGAUAUGCCAGGAGACCAGAGACUUGAAUGGUGGUCUUAUAUCUAUCAAAGACCUUUUAACAAGAUUACAAAACAACGGCAAUUUCAAAUCUUCCAUCACAGAACAAGAUAUUUCUGAAUCAUUGAAAGUCCUCGAAUCAUUGGGCCAAGGAUAUGAAAUACUCAUGAUAAAAGAUAAAAAAUGGUUAAAAUUCUCCUUAGCCUCAACAGUUGAAAGUAAUAUAAGUAAUGAUCAAAAGAAGAUAUACGAGAUUUGUACAUUCAUGGGAGGAUAUGUUACAUAUAGACUAUUAAUGGAUAAUUAUGGAUGGGAUAGAAUACGAUGCAAGAGUGUCAUUGAUGAAAUGAUCAUGAACGGAUUCUUGUGGGUUGAUUCUCAAGGUGACAAUGGACAAUCACAAUUCUGGGAACCUUCUUGGAUAAGUUAG